CGCUGUCCCAGGCUGCUGGCGCAGACCCAGGCAGGCGGAGCAGAAGGACUCAUUCAUCCAGGGCCAGCGCGGAGCCAGACGGCGAGCAGGCCGGGCCCCGCCGCAAGGCAGGGAGGGGAUUUCCUCGGGCUCCCUCCGCCGGGGCCGGGUCGGUUGGGAACCUCUCCGGGCGAUUUUAGAUCGGGGUGGCAGAAGAAGCGCCUGGCCUGGUGAAAGUUCGUUGGACCUGCCUGGGACGCCUCUGCCUCGACCUUCGAGAGGGAGGACCCAGGACUAUGGCUGCUGCUCCUGAUCUGGAGUUGGAGAGCAUGAAUCUCAGUAUGGAGAGAGAGAGAAGAGAGGAGCUAGAGGGAGAGAAGAUGGGAGAGGGCGGGGACAGUAACUACCCUCCCAAGAGCAAAAAGGUCCACAGGAUCGUCUCAAAGUGGAUGCUUCCUGAACCGGUCCGAAGAACGUACUUGGAGAGAGCGAACUGCCUGCCUCCGCCCGUCUUCAUCAUCUCUGUCAGCCUGGCCGAGCUGGCCGUGUUUAUUUACUAUGCCGUGUGGAAGCCUCAGAAACAGUGGAUCACCUUGGACACAGGCAUCUUGGACAGUCCCUUCACCUACCGUCCUGACAAGAGGAAGGAAGCCUGGAGGUUCCUCUCGUACAUGCUGGUGCAUGCUGGAGUGCAGCACAUCGUGGGGAAUCUCUUCAUGCAGCUUGUGUUGGGGAUUCCCCUGGAAAUGGUCCACAAAGGCCUCCGGGUGGGGCUGGUGUACCUGGCGGGAGUGAUCGCAGGUUCCCUUGCCAGUUCUAUUUUUGACCCGCUCAAAUCUCUGGUGGGUGCUUCAGGAGGAGUCUAUGCCUUGAUGGGAGGCUAUUUUAUGAAUGUUCUAGUGAAUUUUCGAGAAAUGAUUCCUGCCUUUGGAAUUGUCAGACUACUGAUCAUCACCCUUAUAAUUACGUCGGACAUGGGAUUUGCUCUUUACAGAAGGUUCUUUGUCCCUGAAAAUGGAUCUCCGGUGUCAUUUGCAGCUCACAUUGCAGGUGGAUUUGCUGGAAUGUCUAUAGGUUACACUGUGUUUAGCUGCUUUGAUAAGGCACUGCUAAAAGAUCCACGGUUUUGGAUAGCAAUUGCUGCUUAUUUAGCUUUUAUUUUAUUUGCUGUGUUUUUCAACAUUUUCCUAUCUCCAGCAAACUGACCUGAUCGUUUUUAAUAUAAGCCAAUUAAUAACAAGAGCUAACUGGCAAGGAAAUGGGAAACUAUGACAAAACAGAAAACGGUCAGCAAAUGGCAGCAAUUGUUGAAAGAGGACAAAACAGCACUCAACUCCUGUGUUGCAAGGACUACCUAUAAAAGGCCUUAAGACUUGGGGAGGUGACUUCUGAAUGCAGAGAGAAGGAAGAGGAAGAAAAAAUGACGUAUAGGAAAAACCAGAGAUUCAGUUGUUUCCAGGAGUAGGGUACCCAUGUGUGUACCCUAUAAGAGGCCUGCUCUCCUUGGAGGACAUAUUUUGGAGAUGAGAGAUUCCCUGACUGUACUAUGCAGAGAAUUAAAACGUUUCAAAUCUGUGUCAGACUCUUGAAAAUUAGUUUUAUCACUGAUAGGUCACUACUGCUGAGGUGUUUUGUAUACAUUAUUGCUAAUCUUUUCAACAACCCAGAAUGGCAGGUACUGCUUUGUACCUCAGAGAUGAGGAUAUGGGAACCUACAGGCCCUGUGUAUCUUUAGUUUGCAUCCAUGGACUCAGCCAAUCCCAGACUGAAAAUACUUGAAAAAAAAUUCCAUCUAUGCUGAACAUGUAGACUUUACAUUGUAUUAAGUAUUAUAAGUAAUCUAGAGAUGAUUAAAAGUAUAUGGGAGGAUAUCUGUACACAAAAUCCAAGUAUUAUACCAUUUGGUAUGGUAUAAGGGACUUGAACAUCUAUACGUUUGGGCAAAUUCUUGGAGUCCUGGAUCCAGUUUCCCACAGUUACCAUGGGAGGAUAAUUCUUGUUUGGGGGAGAGAGGCAGAAUUCAAACACAGAGGAAAGGGCCAGGGAUUUAGCUCAGUGGUUCCACUGCCUGCCUUGCAAGUGCAGAAACCUGA